CUGAUUUGUGAUCAAUGAAGAAGAAGGAGAUGGUGUUCCCACUUGUCGUGUUUCUUGUAAUUCUCAGUUUGGUAAAAGCACAACCUUUAGAAAACUGCGACAACAAUAUCGGAAACUACACUGGCGGUAGUACAUACGAAACAAACCUCAAUAAUCUCUUAUCCUCUCUCCACUCCGACAUCGACCCAUAUGGAUUCGCCAAUCCCACCCCUGGCGAAAGUAACCCCGACCCAGUAUACACCCUCUUCUUCUGCCAGGGAGACAUAGAUCACGACUCCUGCACAAAAUGCGCCACCGACUCUGUUUCUAAGCUAACCGCUACCUGCCCCGGUUACAAGCAAGCCUCUGGUGCUUAUGAUGGCUGCACGCUGCGCUACUCGAGCCGCUCCUUAACCGGUUCUGUUGCAGCCAACUUGUUUCUAUACAUGUGGAACGUUGGCAAUGCCACAAACGUCACCCAGUUCAACCAAGAAUUGGGAACGUUGAUGGCUGAUCUAAGGACUAAGGCGUCAAAGGGUGGCUCACGUCUCAAAUUCGCGGCUGCCACUAGGACGAUACAAGACUUUCAGACCCUUUACGGGCUGGUGCAGUGCACACCGGAUUUGACUGAGCAGCAAUGCAAUAAUUGCUUGCUCAACGCAAUCGCUCAGAUUCCCAAUUGCUGUGACGGUAAGAAGGGGGGUAGAGUUAUUACCUGGAGUUGUUAUUUGCGGUUCGAGACCUAUCUAUUUUAUAAUGAUACAAGGGUACUUGAGCUUUUGUCUCCACCACCGCCUUCACCCGGAUCCCCACCUCCGAUACCCUCACCGCCUCCGCCUCAUCUCCCUGCAACAGGAAACAAAACUAAUCAGUCCACUGUGACAAGAAUUGUUGCUAUUUCUGUUUCAACCGUCGUGGGAUUCAUCUUUAUCGUUUCUCUUUGCUUCAUCAUCAUCGUCAUCUCAAGAAGAUCCAAGAAACAUAAGAAGAAGAAGAAGAACUCGGUCAUCCCUGAGAAGCCAAUCGAAGGACUUGACUUGUCCGCCAUGAAUGAUAUAAGCUCAACUGAAAUCGUUCAAUAUGACUUCAAAACAAUUCAAGAAGCCACAGACGAUUUCUCCGAUGACAAUAGGCUCGGACAAGGUGGUUUUGGGGUUGUUUACAAGGGUGAGUUUUCAAAUGGACAUGAGAUUGCUGUCAAAAGACUGUCUAGAGAAAAUGGACAAGGCGACCAAGAAUUCAAAAACGAGGUCUUGUUGGUUGCCAAACUACAACAUAGGAAUUUGGUUAGAAUUCUCGGGUUUUGUAUAGAUGGAACCGAAAGGCUUCUAGUCUACGAGUUUCUUGCCAACUCCAGCCUCGACCGCUUCUUAUUUGAUAAUGUGAAACGAACGCAAUUGGAUUGGCAAAGACGUUUCAAUAUCAUCGGAGGCAUUGCUCGUGGGCUCUUGUAUUUGCACGAAGAUUCAAGGGUACGAAUUAUCCACAGAGACAUGAAAGCUAGCAACAUCCUUUUAGAUGGUGAGAUGAAUCCAAAGAUCUCGGAUUUCGGAAUGGCAAGGUUGUCUGUCAUGGACGAGACUCAAGGAAAUACAAGCAAAGUGGUCGGGACAUAUGGAUAUAUGGCUCCCGAAUAUAUAAUGCAAGGACAGUUCUCUGUUAAGUCAGACGUCUACAGUUUCGGUAUAUUAGUGCUGGAGAUCCUAAGCGGUGAAAAGAAUAAUAAUAAUAAUAAUAACUCAUUCGAAAAUGGAGAAGAAGACAUGUUGAGCUUUGCCUGGAAAUGCUGGAGAGAAAGUAGGGCUGCAAACAUGAUAGACCCGAUUCUGAGAGACGGCGGUGGAUCAGUUCGGGAGAUGAUCCAAUGUAUUCAUAUCGGUCUGUUGUGCACUCAAGACAUUGCAUCAGACAGACCCACGAUGGCUUCGGUUGUGCUUAUGUUUAAUAGCUUCUCUCUUACUUUGCCCGUUCCAUCAGAGCCCACAUUUCUUCUAUCAAGAAGCAGAGACAACAACACUAAUAACAUGAAUUCGCGUGUUUCUGAAGAGUCUGGGCUAAUCAGAUCAUCAGAUGGAACAAAAACUAAAUCUGAACAAUUCUCAACAUGCAGUGAUUCGAUUACAGAGGUGUAUCCUAGAUAGAUUAUAAUAUAUAUUGUAUAGAACUUGACACUCAUA